AUGAUUGUUAGAUAUUGAUUUAUUUAGUCAACUUUUGUAUAAUAUAGGGCCCUAUAUUGAUUAGGGCCAAUAGAGUAACCAAUAUUGGACAAAUCGUUCCACCACCCAAUAGUCGCCAUAUAGACCUUUAGCCAAAUGAAUACAUAGGCUAUGCGAAUGAACCUUUAUGUGGGCCAUAGAAAUGAAACCUACAAUUGUAAAUUCCUGUAGGAUUUUCUCUGAUGUGUGGGCCAUCUUGCCUUUUUCUAGAGAGCUGGAUUGAAAGAUGCCUCAACGAGAGCGAGAGCAAGCGGUAUUCCAGCCACACAUCCCUGGGGAAUACGUCCAAUGACGAAAAUGAGGAGAAAGAAAACAACAGGGCUUCUAAACCCCAUUCAACACCAGCUACCCUACAAUGGCUGGAGGAGAACUAUGAGAUUGCAGAAGGGGUUUGUAUCCCCCGCAGUGCUCUCUAUAUGCACUACCUGGACUUUUGUGAGAAGCACGACACACAGCCUGUCAACGCCGCCAGCUUUGGGAAGAUUAUUAGACAACAGUUUCCACAACUGACCACAAGAAGACUGGGCACCAGGGGCCAGUCAAAGUACCACUACUAUGGCAUCGCUGUGAAGGACAGCUCCCAGUACUACGAUGUGAUGUACUCCAAGAAGGGUGCGGCGUGGGUGAACGAGACAGGCAAGAAGGAGGUCAUCAAGCAGACAGUGGCGUAUUCACCACGUUCCAAACUGGGGACGCUCCUGCCAGAGUUUCCAAAUGUCAAAGACUUAAAUCUGCCCGCCAGUCUGCCAGAGGAGAAGGUGUCAACGUUCAUCAUGAUGUACAGAACUCACUGCCAGAGGAUACUGGACACAGUAAUACGCGCCAACUUUGACGAGGUCCAGAGCUUCCUGCUGCACUUUUGGCAGGGCAUGCCCCCCCACAUGCUCCCUGUCCUGGGCUCCUCCACUGUGGUCAACAUCGUGGGCGUCUGUGACUCCAUUCUUUACAAGGCAAUCUCUGGGGUUCUUAUGCCCACCGUCCUGCAAGCACUGCCUGAUAGUUUGACUCAGGUGAUCCGGAAGUUUGCCAAACAGCUGGAUGAGUGGCUUAAAGUAGCACUUCACGACCUGCCUGAAAACCUGAGGAAUAUCAAAUUUGAAUUAUCUAGAAGAUUUUCUCAAGUUCUCAAGAGGCAGACAUCUUUGAACCAUCUAUGUCAGGCGUCACGGACGGUGAUCCACAGUGCAGACAUCACCUUUCAGAUGAUGGAGGACUGGCGGAACGUGGACCUGAACAGCAUCACCAAGCAGACACUUUACACCAUGGAGGACACAUGGGAGGAGCACCGGCGGCUCAUCAUCGACUUGUACCAGGAGUUUGACCGUCUGCUGGAGGAGCAGUCUUCUAUAGAGGCCUACAUCGAGUGGCUGGACUCCAUGGUGGACCGCUGUGUUGUCAAGGUGGCAGGAAAGAGGCCCGGGUGCCUGAAGAAGGUGGCCCAACAGUUCCUGCUCAUGUGGUCGUGCUUCGGGACCAGAGUCAUCCGGGAUAUGACCCUCCACAGUGCGCCUAGCUUCGGCUCGUUCCACCUGAUCCACCUGAUGUUUGAUGACUAUGUGCUAUACCUGUUGGAGUCCCUGCACUGCCAGGAGAGGGCAAACGAGCUCAUGAGGGCCAUGAAGGCAGAGGGUAGCACAGCUGAACAAGAGGAAGAAAUGAUGCUGACGGAGACCACGCCCACCUCCACAUCCCCAGGGCCAUUUUCCCCACCGAAGUCUGUCACCUCAGUUGGGGUCCCAGCCGCCAGCUCCCCCACCGCUGCCCAGUCCCCAGAGUACACAGGGGCCACAGCCACCACAGGCGCUGUUCAGUCAUAUACCUGGUCCCUUACGUACACAGUGACAACGUCAGGCGGCACUCCUCCCGAGGGCGGACAGCAGCAGCCCUGCAUGCGCAGCGGUGCACCCGUGCCCCCUCCCUCCUCCACCCAUCGACUACCAGUCUACGCCCACAGGGACGAGCACGGGUUUACUGGGAGCUAUAACUACGGGAGCUACUCUAACCAGCACCCCCACUCCAUCCAGAGCCAGUACCCCAGUCUGGCCCACGAACCAGGCAUCCCUGCCCCCCUCCACUAUCCCGCCUACCACCGCACCUCUGCACAGUACCCGCUCAAUAGCCAGAUGUCUCGGAUGGAGCCAUGCUUGAUGGGAGGUGCUCCUCGGCUGCACCCUACACCCGUGGCCCCCCGGUGGGCGGAUGUCUCCCCAGCCAACAGCUGUUACACCAGUCCCCCUAUGCACUCCUCCCGCUAUGCCGCCUCUGGAGACAUGUACUCCCCCCUGGCCCCUCGCAGGAACUCUGAAUACGAACACUCACAACACUUUCCCGGCUUCGCUUACAUAAAUGGAGAGGCCACCACAGGCUGGGCCAAGUAGGCUUCCUACUCAUCCCUCAGAGAGCGGAGCUGUCCUGGGCACAGUCAUGCCCAAGCAGCCUGCCAAGCCUAUGGAUGCAAACGUCCCACUGCCUUUCCCCAACACGACCCAGAGGCACCUAAUCAGGAGUAUCAGUGUAAUGGUAGGGGAGAGAGGCUGGAGAGUAUCAAAACUGGGUAACCUUGUUAACUUGACCCGCAGGCCACAGCACAGACAAACAAGAUUCAGGACUUCUUCUCACAUUACACAAUCAGAAUAUUGUGGCUUAGGCUUAGUCUGUUGAGGGCAAUAAUCGCCUCAAUGGUGGUGGUUUGUUGUUUGCAGAAAAUGGCUGUGCAAACCCUUUGGGAUUAUAGAAACAGAGGCAGUCGGAAGAAUCUCACAUGUGGAAGUGUGCAGUGUGAGACUGCCCAGCUGUGCCUUUUCAGUUAAUGAACACCCAUCCCUGCCCGUCAACCUGCCAAGUCAACAAACACUGAUCAUCACCCCUCCCUCCCUGUACUGGGACACUAAUGUACGCAACUCUGUUUACGUUGUAUACUGUGGCUGACGUCAGUACAGUAUUUUAACGAUGCACACCAUUUUCUCUUGGUCAACACUUACUCAGAGUAGGCCUCUGCGACAUUGUCCAGAAGACAUGCUAGCCUGCUGCAAAACCAGGGUCAUAUUCAUUAGGGCACACUGUAGCAAUACAUUUUGGAACGGAAAUCAGUGUUUGUUGUGUUUCUUAUGUGAUAAAUUAAGGUUGUCGCUCCCUGUUUGUCUGUUUUCUUCCGUUUGGUGCCUAAUGAAUACAACCCAGGAUGAAUUGCCUUAAUGUUUCACCACUGGAGCCCUGUCAUGUCAAUUGGCAUACAGCCAGAAAACUAUGAGAGAAGUUUAUGGCUGAGACAAAGCUAAACAUGUGGAGAGCCUUUAUUAGCUUGUCAGUUUCACAUGAAUCGUUUUUUUUAAUGAUCGAGUGCUGUGCCUCAGCCAGAUUAUUUGUGUGCUGUGUCACAACCUCUGUUGCUGUAUUUGUGGGAUGAGGAAGACACUAUCGAUAUAUUCUCUGUAACUUUGUAACAUUGUGUUCUUUUUUGUUUUCUGUGUUACAGUUGGUAUUUUGUUUUCGUUUUUUUAUGGAUAUAGUUAAGGAAACAUUAACCUAGUUGUGUGUGUUUUAUAAUGCACGCAAAGCUACUGUGGACCUAUUACCCUAUGGGUAGGAAUAAAAAGGAACAAAUAUCAAAGUGUAACACACAUGAACUAUAGUCACUUUUUUCUGUAAAUACAAGCACUCGACAACUUCAGUGGUGGCAACUGUUACAGUUUAAACUGAUAUGUAUGUGGAAUUAUUUGUUGCCACAUAAAUAAUUUCUAA